UCUGAAGGAAAUCAAAAUGACAGCUGACUUAUCGUAAAAUUACAAACUUUACCAAAAACAUUGUAUUUACGUAACAAAUAACAAGUAAAUAUGUUCUAAGUACAAACAAAUAAAUUAAAAUGAGUAAGGCACUAAUAUCGGCGACUUUAAGACACCUGGAUAGAGCAGCUCCAUGUUACUUCGCUCCUACAUUUAUUGCCGCUAAAACUAUAACUUCGAAAGCAACACAGAAAAAGAUCGCUGAAUGCUGCAAUAUUCUCAAUAUUCCAAUAGAUUCCAAGCAGGAUGUAGUCCGGCAGGCCUUCUUGGACCUUGCGAAGAAGUACCACCCAGACUCUGGGUCACCAGAAGCCGAUAUGGACAAAUUUGUUGCUGUUGAGAAUGCAUUCAGAGUCCUCAGUAAACACAACACUGGCGCUAGUAAUAAGGAAGAGGUUGAAAAGAUUGUGUUUGAUAUAAGGCACACAGCACCACAACACCGACAGUACCUAAGUUACGAGGGUUAUGGACAUGGAACCAUAUUCCAAAGACAGAAGCAGUACACCCAAGCCAGGGCGAUGAAGGCAGCCAUCAACGUUAUGGAACACCGUCUUGAAAAAGCAGUAGCUUCUGACAAAACCCUCAUGAAGAAAGGCCAAGGGUAUGGCAAGAAACAUGAUAUCAAAACUAAAUAUGGUUUUGAUAGACUAGUAGAGGAUUUAAUACAAGAAUCAAUGUCCAAAGGGGAAUUUGAAAAUUUAAGUGGCAAAGGAAAGCCUUUGAAGAAUCAGAACAAUAAUCCUUAUGUUGAUUUUACUACACAUAAGUUGAAUGAGGUCCUAAUAAACAAUGGUUUCACACCAGAAUGGAUAACAUUAGCCAAAGAAAUAGACCAAGAGAUAGACAGUUUAAAAGAAGAAAUCCGUUCAGACAGAAUGUACCUUGGCCCUUAUCCGUUAAACGAAGAGGAUUUAACAAAAUGGGAGAGAAUAUACGAAAGCAAUAAAGAACUAGCAUCUUCUAUCAAUAUGAAGAUAAAUAAAUAUAAUUUAAUAGUUCCUUUGAUGAAUAAACAGAAGUUUCAUGUGGAAUUUGAUAAAAUAUGUGAUGAAAUAUUGAAGAAUGGUCUGCAUUCUGUUGCUAGAGUUGAGAAAGAGAACAUUAAUGUGGCAAAAUCGAAUGAACAUGUUGGUAAUGAUAGUGACGAUCUGUUCGGAAUAUUCUUCAAAGGUUUAGGUGAUUUGAUCAUGUUUAAAGAUAAGAAUAAGUCUUAAGAAAUUCAUUGUGAAUAGAAAAUGUACAAACAAUUUGUAUUGUUAUUUUAUGAAGAGAUAAAUCAUUUAUUUUUUGUUAUUUCAUUUUUGUUAACAACUGUAGCUACAUAUCUGUGAUAAUAUUUUAUAGACACUAUUUAAAACAGGCAAUAAAAAACUCUAAACAUAUACAAAAAAAGGUUUUAUUUCAAACACACUGUAAAACUUAACAUACUUAUAUUUUAAAUGGCAUUUCAUAAUCAUGCGUUUUAUUUAAAGUAAUAUCAUAAAAUAGGAAUAGGAAUAACAAUAAUAACUUGAACUUCUAAGCAAUUCCAUAAUAAAGCUGGGAACAUACUAUUAAAACGCAAAUCAUAAUUGUAAUUCAAUCAAGUGUAUAACAUUUUGAACAUCAUCGAUGACAUUAAAAGUCACCAAUCAGUGCAUUCUGUCUUGUGGGGUAGCGUCGCGCGUCAAUAGUAUGUUUCCACCUUUAUGAAAUAGCGAUAGUCAGCCGAUUAUUGCACUUUAUACAAUGUAAAUAAAGGUGUAUAUCAAUUGUCUUCAGUAAACUAAUCAGUAUAUUGCAUAAAAUUUAAAAAAAUCUUUUUUAACAUGUGACUAACAGUUCAAUAUAUAAUAUUUUAUACUUAACUAAUAAUGUGAUAACUUUAUUCUUAUAUACAAAUUCGAGGUUCUCUGCAUUUCAUAAUUUUGUGAUAAAUAUA